GGUCAGACCGCUCUUCACAAGGCAUGCAUUGCUGGCAACGCACCGUUGGUUAAAUACCUCUUAGACAAGCCGGUCCCUGUUGACCCCCUUGACAAUUCGCAGCGAACACCAUUAUACUUCGCGGCAGAAAAGGGGUUUUUGGAGAUUGUCAAUCUUUUGAUCAAGGCCAAGGCGGACGUGAACAGCUUGGAUCGAAGGGAGGAGACACCUCUUUUCAAACCAGCAGGCAAUGGCCAUGUCAACGUGGUCAGACGCCUACUGGAUGAAGGAACAGAUGCGACAAGACUCGAU